ACCGUCCUCCGAGAACAGGCGAAAAACCUAGAAACGACACAAAGGUCACAGUCAGCUAACGAACCGCUCGCUAACCAAGUUAUUAUCCGAAAGGAAAGUAAAUCUUAUCGUAUGUCCGAUAUCCAGAACCUCCAAACUUUUGACCCCUUUGCUGAUGCAACUAAGGGUGAUGACCGCCUCCCAGCCGGGACAGAGGACUAUAUCCACAUAAGAAUCCAGCAGCGGAACGGCAGAAAGACCCUCACCACUGUCCAGGGCAUCGCCAUCGACUAUGACAAGAAGAAGCUAGUCAAGGCCUUCAAGAAGAAGUUUGCAUGCAAUGGGACAGUGAUUGAGCACCCAGAGUAUGGUGAAGUGAUCCAGCUUCAGGGAGACCAGCGCAAGAAUAUCUGCCAGUUCCUCAUCGAGAUUGGCCUGGCCAAGGAGGAGCAGCUCAAAGUCCACGGCUUCUAGAAGCUGCUAGCAGCCCUUUCCUCGAAGGCCAUCGACCCCCCCCCCACCCCACUCUAUGUGCUGCUGUCGCCCUCCUUCCUUGCCACCCUACCAGCUCCUACUAGCUAACACGUGAAUUACCUCUGACAAACAUGAGAUUGUGUAACCCCACCGCCCCCCCUCUACACCAGGGGACAGGCUUGGUCUCACAAAGACUCACCACUGCAGCUCCACAUAACAUCAGGGAUGAGUGGUGAUGACCCCCCCUCCCUUUCCCCUUUUUGUUUAUAUCCUUUUAAAUUUUUCUUUUUAGGUCUUGUGCCACGAGGAGGCAGUUUCAUGUAACUUUUGUUUUGUACUUCAAGGUGUUUCAAUAAAACAUUGAGUCUCCAUA